GACGGCAUUGCCAUUGCCAUCGCCAUGGAGUGAUGAUCCUGGCCCUGGCCAGUGUAGGGGGGCCAGCUAAGACGGUGGCAGGAACGGCAGCGGCAGCAUCUUUGCUUGGUUAUUGGAUUCUUGGAAGCCGGUCGGUUAUCCGCCGCCGAGGAUGAAGAGCUGUUGAGGAGGCUGCGACUGCUGCGGCCAUUCCGCCGCCACUGGAAAAAAGAUGGACGACGACGACCAUGACCACCACGGCAACGGCAACACCCCCUUCUCCUUGGCCUUGGCGCGCUCCUGCGGUGAAGUUCAUCUCAUCGGGCCGGCUUGCAGUUUAGCCCAGCCCAGCAAGGCCCAUUGGCCCACUGGGAGUGGGAGGAACAGGAAACCGACCUCCUCAUCCUCGAAGACGAAGACCUCUCUCUCUCGCUCGCCUGGCGCCGCCUUCCUCCACCCCACUCUCUCCUCCUCCGCCGCCGCAUCCUCACCAACCCCCAACAGCCCUCCCUCCCUCCUCGCCAAAGUUUCUGCAACAACCGGUGCAAACUAAAGAUGGCGGGAUUCGGCAGCCUGGCACCCAAGACCAAGAACUUUGUGGUGGCUGGAGGACUGUCUGCUUUCGUCCUCGGCGUGUAUUACUACACCAUGAGAGCGGUGGGAGGCACAGAUGAGCUGCAGGUCGCCAUUGAUAAGUUUGAAGACAUGAAGAAAAAUGAUGCUGGGAACUCAUCCACCGCGGGAUCCUAAGAACAGGGUUUAGAAUUGGCUCCAUGUCCGCCUCUAUACUGAACUGAUGACACUUGGUUUUGAUCCUAAGAACAUGGUUUAGAAUUGGCUCCAUGUCCGCCUCUAGCCCUCUAUACUGAACCGAUGACACUUGGUUUUGUACAAUAAUGGCUCGAUACUAGGUUUUGCUUAUGCUUUGAUGAUAGGCUGGAAUAAUUUUUGACUGAAUGAUGGCUGCAGAGUUGGAUUGCAGUUUUAAUUUUCUGAAAGUUCAUAUAACAGUAUGAUGACCUGUGUAACUUGAAGGUUUCUAUUUGUGUGUGGGUAUGCAAAAGACAACAAAAGUGUAGCAAUGUUAUGGGACUAUUAUCACGUUA